GCCAUUAUUAUUAUUUCCUGAGGUAGAUCAUAGCAUAUGACUGCUAUCUACGAGUCACGUGACAAGACAUGGGAGGCCGAGGUCUCACACUGAGUAUAUAUGUGGGAUUCUGGGGUCUGCAGCCUGCAAGUAUCUCCGGGUAAAUGAUGGCCAUAAUUUUAUUAUGGUCUUGUUUUGAGGUUUUACCCCUAGAAGUCUCUCCAACUGGACCGUUCUACCCCAUUUAUCAUUAGAUGAUUGAUCCCUUAUUUGAACUAGUCCUUUGAUAUAACCAUAGCCAAAUAAUCUAUAUGCUGUACUGAGUUAUAAGAAUAUGAUUGAUUUGCAUUAAGUUCCGAGCCUGUCAGAGCUGAGCUGCCCCUAUUUGCACAAGACAGAUCCCAAGAAUCUUACGGUAGGAUUACUCAGCUAGGUAUAUGGUCGACUUUCCAGCAAGAACGGAGUAGUCUUGGUACAACGUGGCCUUUUGUAGGGGCUAUUAACAACCUCCGGCUGCGACUUAUGUAUUCUUGGAGUCGCUGAAAACUGUCUGAUUACGUUCUACUUGUCUAUAGGACUCUCAAGUUCAUCACUACCAUUACAGACGCAGUAGUCCUAUAUCGUUUGGCUCUGCGCACACAAGGCAGACAGUCAUGGCUCAAACACCUCAGCAAAGGAAGGCCAACGAAAGGUUUGCGAAGCAGGAAUCUGCAAAGCGUGGUAAAGGCAAGACAGUUGCCAAGUCAAAGCAGACUCCAAGGUCGCCAGUGUCCACUGUGUGGGUGGCUAUUCUCGCGUUCGUUGUCUGUGGAGGAAUCUUCCUUGAGAUCCUGGGGAUCAUACCGAAGCUUUGGUCAACGAUGGUCGCAAGCAUCAACCGCCUAAUGCUCUGAGGCUAUGGAGACUUUUAAGACUGUUUUAAGUUGCUUUCAAAACAGCGGCGGUGAUACCAUUGAUGUACCCAACUGAUAUCCCAAGUCUCUUGUUUUGUUCCGCGUUCCUGUUUUGCGCGCUACCGAGGUUUUGGGUUCUUAUUAUUUGUCAUGCCGUGAAAAGCGCAGGUCGCAUGUGCGGAACCACAAUUAGACACUACUAUGGUGACUCCGUGAAUUUCUUUCCCUUA